AUGUACUGGGAAAAACGCAUUAGAAUUCUUUUCACUGUGACUGUGGUCUGGCAGGCCUUUCACUUAGGAAAAGGUAAAGAAGAAGAAAAUGAAAAAGAUGUGAAAAAUCUCAAUGCCACAGCACAAAAGCUACAGCCUAAGAAUGAAGGGACUAUUAUAAAUGCUCUCAGUGACAUGAAUCAGAGUUAUGAAAGCAGAAAGCAACAGAAUUCCAGGUCAUUUGUACCUUUUACUGGGAUUACAGAGAGUAAAAAACUGAACAGAAACUGCUGCCUAAAUGGAGGGACCUGUAUCCUUGGGGCUUUCUGUGCAUGUCUAAAGCAUUUCACUGGCCGAUACUGUGAACACGAUGAAAGGCAAAGCAACUGCGGCAGCAUUGCCCAUGGUGCCUGGGUGCUGAAGGGUUGUUGGCUGUGUCGGUGUGGCUAUGGUACUCUGAACUGUCUCUCUGAAAUAAUGCAUGAAAACUGCGAACUGAAAAGAGAAGAGGAGGAAAUUACCAGACUAUAUUCUAAUGGCCUAAGAUUACAACAAACAAUGUUUACACUCACUUGCCUCCUCACCUUACUCCUGGAGUUUUGCUGCUGGCAGUUGUGA